CAAAGACAGCCCCUACCCGAUUUAAUCCGAAAACAGUUGUAGUUUCUCCCUCAUCAAAACUCGCGGCCACAGAACCAAAAAUCUUCACUCUCUCGGUUUCUCACUCUAAAAUCAACAAUGGCCUUUGGAUCUCUCUCCCUCAUCUCCUCCUCAUCAAACCCAAUCCCUAACCCCUCUCCUUCACCCUCCUCAGCUUUUCACGGGGCCCAGAGACCCCCGCGCUCUCUCCCCUUUCGCGCGCUCAGGCGACCGAGGGCAAUCUCGGCGUCGAUCGAGGAGAGAGACGACGGAAUCGAUCAGUUCUCUGAGAGCAACUCGAUAUCUGAUUUCAUGAGGUUUAAGAAAGGGGAAGGGGUUGGAAGAGGAGGGGAGGGGACUGGAGAGCUGCAGACUGCUGUCGUCAGCUACAAGAAGAGGUUCCCUUGGGUUUUGUUGCAGCCUUUUCUUCAGGUGGAUUUGGUGUCAACUAUACACAUUGCAGACAAAGAGUAUUUUGACACACUGCAGAAAGAACUCCAACUAUAUGAUUGUGUCCUCUAUGAGAUGGUAGCAAGCAGGGAAAGUCUAGAAAAUAGAAAAAAUUCUACAACUACUAGGAGGCUGAAAGCUUCACGUUCCAAGGGUUUCAAUAUUCUUGGAUUUAUACAGAGGCAGAUGGCUCGAAUCCUUGCCUUGGAUUUCCAACUAGACUGUCUCAAUUACCAGGCUGACAAUUGGUUGCAUGCAGACCUUGACUUUGAGACUUUUAAGAUGCUUCAGCUUGAAAGAGGUGAAAGCUUGUUCACAUUUGCCAGAGACAUGACAAUUAGAUCUACAAAAGCCUUGGUGCAAACUGCUUCUAUUCCAGAAGAUCUCGGUCCUUGGAGAUCUAAGCUGCUUUGGAUGUCCAGGGUUCUACCUAUGCCUCUUGUUGGUUUGCUCAUCAUAGGAAGCGUCUGUGCUCCUGCAGAAAAGCAGCCAGCAGAGUACCCUGAGUUAGAAGCACUCUCUAGGCUUGAUGUUGGAGCUGCCUUGAAGAUUUUCUUAGCGAAGAGACUCACUUCAGAGUUUACUCAGAUGACAGCAUCAGUAGAAGAGAAAUCAGUAAUCAUCGGCGAAAGAAACAGAGUAGCCACCGAAGCUCUCCAGAGAGCAAUAGAGAAUGGUUCCAAGAGAAUAGCUGUGCUUUAUGGAGGAGGACACAUGCCAGACUUAGGCCGUCGAUUAAAGGAAGAGUUUGACUUGGUUCCCUCUCAAGUGCAGUGGAUAACUGCAUGGUCUAUAAGAAACCGAGAGCUUGAUAACCGCUCCUUUCCAUUUCUCAAAAACCUGGCUGAGAUCUCCGGCUGGCCUUUGAACCGGUAUCAGACAUUGGCUUUGUUUAUAUUCUCGUCAGUUCUUGCUGUGGAUCUUUGGUUCUGGGAGCUGUUCUUUGGUACUGUUGUAAAUUGGGCUUCUUGGGCUGCUGCUGAAGUAAAUAUCUUCACUGUAAACAUGAGGAUCAUGUGAUUACAACGUAGAAGUCUAGAUGCUCAAGUUCUUAUUGCAUCAGAUUACAUUCUAUUCUUUGACAAGGAAAGACGCGAAGUUUUUAUUUGUAUACUGUUGUGUAAAUACAGUGUUUGUUGUUUCUGUAAGUUACAAAAUCAUGUUGUACGAGCAGUUGCAGUCCAAGGUUCUGACUCCAUAUGUAUCUGAACAAUAUUUCUCAUUGUUGUUAUUUAUUUACGGUCAAUUUUUGGUUAAA